UUAGAGAAUGAGAUACUGGAGGAAGAGCUUGCAAUAGAGAUGAAGGAACUGGAUAUUCGAAGGCGGAAGUUAGCGUCCCGCAAGCAGAUGCUGUUGUCUUGCGACUGCUUUGAUGAGGAAAACUCGAUAUGCGGUGACUGUGAACUUGGAUUUCCAUCCAGUGAACCGAAGGCCGAGAGAUUCGUGGCGAAAUUUAAUUCAGAGGAAACGGAACGCACGAAUUUAUCUACUAAUCGGCCGAGAAAAGGCGACGCGGCCGGGACUCGAACCGCAGCGCGCGAAAUGGACGCCAAGCGCGUUGACCACUAUACCACAACGCCAGGAUUCGGUCUACCGAAAAUAGAAAUAGAUAAGUUCAGCGGAAAUCCGAUAGAAUUCUGGAAGUCUAUGAAAGCGUUCGAGAUGAGCGUAGCUGAUCGGCUGCUUGACGACAGCAAUAAAUUGAUAAAUCACACAAUGGCUGACCUGGAAGCUGUUUUGGCCGAUGUGAGCUACUUAAUGGCCAUGGAGAUGAGCAAGUCUACACCGGCUGCCAGGGCGAGCAAAAGGAUAGCCCUCCCAGAUCCGAGCGACGCUGGAAGUCGGACCGACGACUCUGUAGCCACCCCAUUUGUGGUAAGCAGUCUCUUAACGAAUUUGUGUGAUCAUCCUCUACCACAAGGCUAUCUACUUUUUCGGGAGUUCGCUCUGAAUUGCAGCGAGGAGGCGGUUCCACAAUUUGGUUUCUACGAGGAUAUUAAAAAGUUUGAAAAGCUGGAGACUGAUGAGGAGCGAAUCAAACUGGGAAAGGAAAUUUAUGAUCAGUACAUAAUGAGAGAGUUGCUUUCCCAAACGCAUAAAUUUCCGAAAUCUAUUCUGGAUAGUGUACUUGAAUUGCUCACACAAGCUCAAAAAACAAACAGCCUUCCCGCAGAUACAUUCUCCCCCUAUAUAGACGAACUACUGCCAGUUUUGCGUGGCGAGGUUUUUGAUAACUUUCUGAGAAGCAACAAAUUCACUCGGUUUUGUCAGUGGAAGAAUUUGGAGCUGAAUAUCAACCUUACUACAAAUGACUUCAGCGUCCAUCGGAUCAUAGGAAGGGGUGGGUUUGGUGAAGUUUACGGGUGCCGGAAGGCUGACACGGGGAAAAUGUAUGCAAUGAAAUGUUUAGAUAAAAAGCGGAUCAAGAUGAAAGGAGGUGAGACGUUGGCCCUGAAUGAACGGAUUAUGCUCUCCCUCGUCAGUACCGGGGAUGGAUGUCCUUUUAUCGUAUGCAUGACCUAUGCGUUCCAAACACCGGAAAAACUGUGUUUCAUUCUGGACUUGAUGAAUGGCGGGGAUCUACACUAUCACUUGACACAACAUAACAUAUUUUCCGAGUCUGAAGUGCGAUUCUACGCGGCUGAAGUAAUUCUUGGUCUGGAACACAUGCACAAUCGAUUUGUGGUGUACAGAGAUCUGAAGCCUGCCAAUAUUUUAUUGGAUGAAUACGGUCACGUCCGUAUAAGUGACCUUGGCCUUGCUUGUGACUUUUCUCGACGGAAACCACAUGCGAGCGUUGGAACCCAUGGCUAUAUGGCUCCGGAGGUAUUACAAAAGGGUUGUCCAUACGAUUCGUCGGCGGACUGGUUCUCGCUGGGUUGCAUGCUGUACAAGUUACUGCGUGGACAUAGCCCAUUUCGGCAGCACAAGACCAAGGACAAACACGAAAUAGAUCGAAUGACGAUGACCAUGAAUCUCGAUUUUCCUGAUAGCAUGUCGAAAGAAAUGCGACACUUACUCGAAGGCCUUCUAGCCCGGGAGGUAAACCACCGGUUAGGCUGCAUGGGUCGAGGUUCGAUGGAAUUACGGGAGCAUCCGUUUUUCAAAGGAGUCGACUGGCAGCAGGUAUACUUACAAAAAUAUCCACCACCACUCAUUCCGCCACGUGGUGAGGUCAACGCUGCGGACGCAUUUGAUAUUGGGUCGUUCGACGAGGAGGAUACCAAGGGUAUUAAACUAACGGAAACCGAUCAGGCGUUGUACCAAAAUUUCUCCCUGGUUGUGUCUGAACGUUGGCAGCUGGAGAUUGCCGAAACAGUGUUCGAUGUCGUUAACCAAGAGGCUGACAAGAUGGAUGCGAAGCGCGCUCGUGCCCGGCAGCGAUCCAAUCAGAUUGCAGACGAGAUCGGACAAGCCACAUGUAUUACUUCAACUCCGACAGGUGGAUCAUCUCAGCAAACCAUGGUUGGAGGAAGCUGUAACAUCUCUGCAUCCACACCACCCACAAUGGGUGGCGAUGGAUUGACACAGGAUGGCUUCGCGUCUGAUUGCAUCGUGGAAGGCGAAGUACUUAAACUUGGUGGCCCUUUUCUACAGACAUGGCAGCGAAGGCAUUUGCGUUUGUUUCCUAAUCGUCUAGAACUCUAUAAUAAAUCGCGGGAUGGUCUUGUCUUGAAGAAAGGCGUUGAAUUGAUUUCCAUGCUGGAUAUUAAGGAGAUCGCGCCAGAAUUCUCCCGGGUUUGUAAAAUGGAUAACUGUAUUUGCAUCAAGCUCAAAAACGAUAAUCGUGUGUACAUAACUUCGAAUGAUAAGGUCCUAAUUACUCAAUGGAAAGAAGAGAUUCUCGACGGAUACAGGUUGUCCUGUGAAAUCAUGUCUCACAUGAACCGAAAGGCGCACAAAAUGUACGGUGUUUUAGAUCCUGUGGUAAAUGCUGACGGAAAUGCUGGCGGAGAUGCCGGAUCUUCCAAUACUUUGCCGUCGCUAACCAACACCAGCUCCAAUAGGACCAUUUUACCUUUCAAUAGCAGCAAAGCCUCUCCAAAAUCUCAUUCUCCUCCUCAUUCAGGUAGCUCUUCAGGUCGCCCCCGCCUGAACCAUCAAGCAUCAAUGCCCACAUAUCCUGUUAGUAGUUCCACAUCACAACAAGUUCCUCCAGCUGCCUCACUUAACCCAAAAGGGAGCGACCAAUCUCCUCACACUUUGGGCAGCUGUACUCUUCCCACGAGGCCAACAACACGAGCCACACCAUCUGACACUGCAGAACCGGCUGACGAGUAAGACCCCCACACGUCACGGACAGAAGCAACUGUGUACGAGUGGGUGGCGGAUAACUGAACAUGGGCCAGUCUGCGCCGGAUGCACGAAGUUUAGUGCAGACCUCAUUCAACAAGUCCUUUUGCAUUCCUUCUGUUUUCGCGUAGUUCUGGUGUUCUCGCUGAUUUUUUUCCAUUCUGUAAACUAGAACAUCUGUAUCCGCUUCGAGUAAUAAAUCGAACGGUGUGCAAAAUUUUUGGGGUAGCCGGAAUUAUUCGGUUGGUCUUAUCGGUAAUUAUUGAACAAUCCCGAACCAGAGAUUUUAAUGGUUUCGGGUGCAGUCUAGGCGCAGGUUUCAAUCCUCUAAGAAACCUAUCCCACCUCCACAGUGUCCUGUACAGAGAAUUUGUUUUAACCGAAAAUUAUGCCCUAAUUUUAGUCAGUUGAAAGACAGAGAAAACAUACUGUGAAGUUUUUUGUGUCUCUCUCACUGCUCUGUCCAGUCCCGUGUGUAAUUUCACACCACAGGUUUUGUCAGCCUAUUUUAUUACCAAAUCAUUGUCCACAAACGCAUUCUUUCUUCCUGAGCUGUUGCCAGGGCCUUUCCCUUAUCACGAUUGUGAUUAUACGCAUAUUUUUCCGCUGCCCUUCCAGGUGCAUUUCACACCACAGUUUACCAACAAGCAUUUACUUUUUUGGCUCUUCCUUUCAGACUAGUAUUUGGGUCACAAACCAUUGUCGUCGUGAUAGUUGGCGUUGUUUUCUCUUGUACUUUGCUUUUGUUUGGCUUGUUUCACCGCCGUUCCCUGUCUCAUGUUGUUCUUUUGACUCGAAGACAUUUAACGCAAGUCCUUCAAAAUUUUGGCACAGAAGCUGUAGAUAUUCACAUACUGAAUCGCUUCUUUGGGGCGGCUCAUUCUCGAUUGUAUGGAUCGACACAUAUAACACUAUUGUGUACACCGAUGGGUUGUUUCCCCUGUAUACUUGUCCUUCAAAUGGAUCUCUGCAUUCGUGCUGUCAAUCGAGAAGUUUGGUUUACCGAAUUGUAGGCUCUCAUCCGUAUGCUUCUGUUGUGAUUCGAUGAUGACCUAAUCUAAUUUACCCGGGUGACUUCUGUUUUAGAAACUCUGAUCACUAUAUGCGUUCGGUUUAUCCUGCUUCUCCGAUCCGUUGUCUAGCACCUCAUAUUCUUUAUAGACACAGAGUGUUUUCAGUCUUUCCUAAAGACUCUUGUGAAUUACAUUACACGGCACCUGGAUGCUUGAGGCAGAUACGUAUGCAGAAGAGUGUUUCUCUUCGACCAGUAAAUUAUCUUUCUC